AUGGCGGUUGAUUGGCUCCUUAAGCAAUGGUUCCCAAAUCUUUCGACAUGCCCCAAGGUGCGGAUUGCUUGCGAUGGUCUCUCUGCCAUUGAGAUGGCUUUCAAAGAUCGUCCACUGUCUCCAACUGAUGCCCCGUUUGACUUGGUGUCGUCCAUUUGGGAAGCUAUGCUUCGGUCCUCGGUGGAUUGGUCGCCCCAGCACGUGUAUGGACAUCUUGACAAGUCCAAUCUCUUUGACGAACUUUCUUGGUGGGAGAAACGGAACCUUGAGGUGGAUGGAAUGGCGGUGGAGUAUCGUAAGGAACUUGAGACGGCCAAUCAUCUCAUAGCCCCCAAUCCUCGUUUCUUCACUGAACUUGCGGCAUUGUACGUGGCAGACACCAAACAGUCACGCCUUGAUCCUCAGUUAAUCCAAGAGUGUGUGACCCUUCCCGCCCUUCGCUCACGCUGGAGGGACAAAGGUACUAUCUCGGCCGAAGCCGAGUCUGAGACCGCCUGGGACACACUCGGCCGAGCCAUGCGAUCCCUCCCUGCAGGACUACAAAGGUGGUCUAUAAAACUCAAAAAUCAAAAAUCAAAAACUAAAAGGUAG